AGCUAUUUGUUUUUUUUAUUUAUUCCUCAUUUGUCAUCCUUAAUCUUUUUUUCCCAAAUGUUUUUGUUUCCAUACACCUCUUUCUCCUGCCUGUCUUGUUUUCUCUUAAUCAUCCCACUUCCUUUCUCUCUUUCAUUUUAUCUCACUGACUCCAACCCACUGUUGUCCUUUGAUAACCAGGUCAGAGAGGUACACCUCUACACAGAUAAUCACAGAAGAGCAAUGUAUCUGCAAAUGACGGGCGACGGGAAAGUGUCCGGCAGCGAUACUCAGACUUGUUACAGUGUGCUGGAGCUGAAAUCUGUCAAUCCAGGCCACAUUGUCAUCCAGGGAAAGUCAUCAUCUCUGUUUCUCUGUGUGGACAGCGGAGGCCAUUUAAGGGGGCAGGUACGGCAAGCAAAGACAACACAUUUUCCUAAAGUCUCCAUCUAUCCUUUUGUUCAAGGUACAGUUUGCAUCUGUUGUUCCUUUCAGGUGCAAUACUCGGAGGCUGACUGCACCUUCAGAGAACUGCUGCUGGCAGAUGGAUACACCCGUUUCCUGUCCUCGCACCAUGGAUUUCCUAUGUCUCUGGCAUCAAGACAUUCCCCAGAUCAACACACAGUCCCCUUCACUCGAUUCCUACCACUUAGGAAUACUUUGGCAGGGGACAGUGUGUCUGAACAGCCACCAAGCAAUCAGAGACUUUUCAAUGUGGACUCGGAUGAUCUUUUUGGAAUGAGUCUAAAUACUAUGGUCAGUCCUCAUUUCUCAGUGGACAAGUAAAGAAAAUGAAUUGAGAUGUAUAACUGUCAAUGUAGC